GUGGAAAUUAUUGCGAAUUUGUUGUAUACGUUGUUAAGACGCAUUAAAUAACAGUUAGACAAAACAACAACAGAAAAUACAUAUUUCAUUUUGUUUACUUCCAAAAUAAAACAUUAAAAAAUAACAGAAAUAUAAAAAAAUGUGUUAAAAUAUUUCAAUAAAAAAAGUAAGAAAAACAAAUAAUUUAAAAGAAAAAUCAUGCCACAACGUUCACCAUUUGCCAUACAAGAACUUUUAGGACUCAACAGAACAAAAGCAGCAGCUGCGGCGGCUGUAGUGGCAAUGGCAAAUCUAAAGGAUAACACGAAUAAUAGUGAAGAUAACUGUAAGCAGGAAAAAGAAAUUUCAACGGCAUUAAAUGGUAAAUGUAAUCAAAGUCCAAAAGCUAACAAUGGUGAAUACAUAAAAAACGAAAUAACAACAAAAAACAAUCAGGAAAUAGAAAUAAAUGAUAGCAGGAAAUCGCCAACAACGGCCACAAUUAAAAUUUCCACCAAUUUAUAUAAAGCAACAACAUUGGCAACGGCAACAACAGCAGCAACAUCAUUAACAGCAACAGUAACAGAUAUUGCAACAACACCAAAUUCAAUAUCACCUUCAACAAAUUCAAUUUCAUCGGUAAAUUCCUCUUUAUCUUCUUAUAAUGAGGAAACCGAUAAGAGACGUCAACAACAGCAGCAGCAACAACAACAGCAACAAUUGUCUAUGGCUGCUGCCUCUAGAAUGGCUUAUUUUAAUGCUCAUGCUGCUGUAGCAGCAGCAUUUUUACCACAUCAUUUAACCUCACACUCAACGACACAUAAUCCACAAAUGCAACAUCAACAACAACAACAACAACACACGACUGCUGCUGCUGCUGCUCAACAUACUCAUUCAAUACAUUCUCUACCCGCAACACAUCAUCCUCACCAUCAUUCUCAUCAUUAUCCAGCAACACACUUACAACAACAUCAUCAUCAACAACAACAUCACCAUCAACAACAACAACAGCAUUUGCAAGUAACACAAUCACAAGUUGCCGCUGCCCAUCACCACAUGUUGCAUGGUCAGGAUAAUCUGCCUUGGUUAAAGGUAUGGUACUUGAACUUAAAACCGAAAUGCAAAUACACUUCAAAACUGAUUCAACCAGAAAUUUAG